GCUCUCGGAGGAGCAGCUGCACGUGGCUUUGACGAGCACAGUCGCCACGCACUUCAGUCUGUUGCUGCAUCUGCAAGAGACAACAUCAGCAUGGCUGUGGAGAUGGAGCCCUCAGAUGUCAUUCGCCUAAUAAUGCAAUACCUGAAAGAGAACAACCUCUACAGAACCUUGACCACAUUACAGGAAGAAACAACAGUCUCGCUCAACACAGUGGAAAGCAUCGACAGCUUCAUCGCAGACAUCUUACGUGGCCACUGGGACUCGGUCUUGCUCGCAAUUGAAUCACUCAAAUUGCCAGAUAACAUACUUAUAGACCUUUAUGAACAGGUGGUAAUGGAGCUGAUUGAAAUGAGGGAGGUGGGCGCCGCGCGUUCACUCCUCAAACAAACUGAUCCGAUGAUCAUGCUGAAGCAGACCCAACCUGAGAGGUUUAGCCACCUGGAACAUCUGCUUACACUCUCCUACUUUGACCCGCGAGAGGCGUACCUAAAAGGCAGCAGCAAGGAGAAACGACGCAGGGCUAUUGCAGAGGAGCUGGCGAGGGAGGUCAGUGUGGUGCCGCCAUCACGCCUCAUGGGCCUUCUUGAAGAAGUUGGUUCGUUAAGACUGAACUCCCCAGAGAGUCUCUCACCCGAAAUGACCAUUGAGAGCCCAAGCAACAAGGAAAGACAUGCUGAGAAAGAGACUUAUCCAACCCAACUGUACCGACAUAUUAAGUUUGGACGGCGGUCACAUGUGGAAUGUGCCCGUUUCUCACCCGAUGGCAAGUACUUAAUCUCAGGCUCGGUGGACGGCUUCAUUGAAGUGUGGAACUUCCACACAGGCAACAUAAGCAAGGAUUUAAAAUAUCAGGCCCAAGACAGCUUCAUGAUGAUGGAUGAUGCAGUGUUGUGCAUGUGCUUCAGCCAAGAUUCAGAUCUACUAGCCACUGGAGCUCAGAAUGGAAAAAUAAAGGUUUGGAAGAUCCAGAGUGGUCUAUGCUUACGCAGGUUUGAGCACGCGCACAGCAAAGGUGUGACUUGUCUGAGUUUCUCCAAGGACAGCAACCAAAUUCUCAGUGCAUCCUUUGACCACACCAUCAGGAUCCAUGAGCUGCGUUCAGGCCAAACACUAAAGGAAUUAAAUGGACAUCUAUCAUUUGUGAAUGAUGCCUCAUUUACUGAAGAUGGAUUUCACAUCAUCAGCGCGUCAUCAGAUGGGACUGUUAAGAUUUGGAACAGCAAAACUUGUGAAUGCAUACACACGUUCAAAUCUCUGUCCUGGGCUUCGGAUGUACCUGUGAACAACGUGGUCACUCUUCCUCAAAAUCCACAGCUCUUUGUAGUUUGUGACCACUCCAGCACGGUCAUCGUCAUGAACACGCAGGGUCAGACUGUCAAGACAUUCAGUGCAGAUAGAAAGUCGGGAGCAAAGUUUGUGUGCAGCACAGUGUCCCCGCGAGGCGAGUGGAUUUACUGUGUGGGAGAGGACUCUGUGCUCUACUGCUUCAACUACAUGACAGCAAGACUUGAGAAAACCCUAACGGUCCACGAGAAAGACGUAAUUGGCAUCACUCACCACCCACAUGAGAAUCUGAUCGCUACUUACAGUGAAGACGGCCUCCUGAGGCUGUGGAAGCCUUAGACUAGUGAUUUCGUAUUUUAUUGGAGGAUGUGGAGAACCUCACACCUGACAUUUCCAUCCCGAUGUGCGAUAAGAGUAGUGUAAUACUGAAUUGAGACACUACAAAAAAAACAAACAGAUAUUAACAACUACAGUGGGGCAAAUAAGUAUUUAGUCAACCACCAAUUGUGCAAGUUCUCCUACUUGAAAAGAUUAGAGAGGCCUGUAAUUUUCAACAUGGGUAACCUCAACCAUGUGAGACACAAUGUGGGGAAAAAAACAAACAAACAAACAAAAAAAAAAACAGAAAAUCACAUUGUUUGAUUUUUAAAGAAUUUAUUUCCAAAUUAGAGUGGAAAAUAAGUAUUUGGUCACCUACAAACAAGCAAGAUUUCUGGCUGUCAAAGAGGCCUAACUUCUUCUAAUGAGGUUCCACUCGUUACCUGUUUUAACUCAUUAUCGGUAUAAAAGACACCUGUCCACAAUCUCAGUCAGUCACACUCCAAACUCCACUACGGCCAAGACCAAAAAGCUGUCGAAGGACACCAGAGACAAAAUUGUAGACCUGCACCAGGCUGGGAAGACUGAAUCUGCAAUAGGUAAAACGUUUGGUGUAAAGAAAUCAACUGUGGGAGUAAUUAUUAGAAAAUGGAAGACAUACAAGACCACUGAUAAUCUCCCUCGAUCUGGAGCUCCAUGUAAGAUCUCACCCCGUGGCGUCAAAUGAUAACAAGAACGGUGAGCAAAAACCCCAGAACCACACGGGGGGACCGAGUGAAUGACCUACAGAGAGCUGGGACCACAGUAACAAAGGCUACUAUCAGUAACACAAUGCGCCGCCAGGGACUCAAAUCCUGCUCUACCAGACGUGUCCCCCUGCUGAAGCCAGUACAUGCCCAGGCCCGUCUGCGGUUCGCUAUAGAGCAUUUGGAUGAUCCAGAAGAGGACUGGGAGAAUGUGAUAUGGUCAGAUGAAACCAAAAUAGAACUUUUUGGUAGAAACACAGGUUCUAGUGUUUGGAGGAGAAAGAAUACUGAAUUGCAGCCGAAGAACACCAUACCCACAGUGAAGCAUGGGGGUGGAAACAUCAUGCUUUGGGGCUGUUUUUCUGCAAAGGGAAUUGAAAGUCUGUGUUAUCCAACGACAGCCCCAAAACAUCACUGCUCUAGAGGAGAUCUGCAUGGAGGAAUGGGCCAAAAUACGAGCAACAGUGUGUGAAAAGCUUGUGAAGAGUUACAGAAAACGUUUGGCCUUAUUGCCAACAAAGGGUACCGAACAAAGUAUUGAGAUGAACUUUUGGUAAUGACCAAAUACUUAUUUUCCACCAUGAUUUGCAAAUAAAUUCUUUAAAAAUCAAACAAUCUGAUUUUCUGUUUUUUUUUUUUUCCUCCACAUUCCGUCUCUCAUGGUUGAGGUUUACCCAUGUUGACAAUUACAGGCCUCUCUAAUAUUUCCAAGUGGGAGAACUUGCACAAUUAGUGGUUGACUAAAUACUUAUUUGCCCCACUGUAUAUACAAGUGAAUUCUUGUACAGUACGCUAAACUAGAAUUCCUAAGAAACUGCAUUUGAAUGCUGAGAAAUGGCAGUUUAGUGGUUUACACAGAUAACUUUCAUACAGCCGGCGUGGGCUCACCCUGUAACUCACUGGCCUGAUCAUGAACAGUGUUACUUAAAAGGGAUGGCAUCAAAUAAACAUAAUAAAUAUAGUAGUGGUAAUUUAGGAUCACUAUGGUAAUCACAUGACAGCAUAUUGUAGCAGGCUGGCGAUAGUAAAUAUGGCCGCUUUGAGCCACAGGGCAAUUCACCUAUGAUCUUCAGGUGGAUAUAUACUAUACACAGUAUUCUCCAUAUUUCAAAAAUAGUAUUUUGUUGUUUUUUUAAAUGAGCUUUAUAAUAUUAACAUUUGAUUUACACCAGCGAUAAGCAAUAUUAAAUUACAGGUAAAAAGAAUAUUAUGGAUGCAGGUUGCCAACAAGACAACAAAAUGUGGAUUAAAGCCUUUAGUGAGAGCUUUUUUUAGUCAUAUUGUAUGAAGACAAUUUACUCCCUCAAUAUUUUACUUGUUUCCAACUUAACCAGUGCAGUAAAAAUAUCCCCCAUUUUCAUUUCUUACUUAUUCAUAGUGGAUAUGAAAAUGCAUGAUGGUGAUCUGUUGUGAGUCAAGAAUAUGACGUCUUUUACAAAUCUAUACCGGUUCUUUGUUUGGCCGUAAACAAACAGCAUCAGGAAUUAGAGUAUCAUUUAUAACAUUUUAUUUCUAAGGCACUUUUUAUAAAUGUUUUUUGUAUGACUUUUUCAGUCUCAUCUGUUUUCUGCAUGCUAAAUAGCGUUUGCAUGCUUUCAACACUAGUUUCAGUGAAGCUCCAGUGACACUUGCUGUAUGUACUAUAUGUGCAAUUAACGCGAUGCCACAUCACUCGUUUGUGGUGGAAAUUCUCAGAUAUGUACAGGUGCAAGUCUGAUAAUAUACUAUAUGUCCUGUGGUAGUCAUCUUUCACUGUUGUUAUGUGCAUAAUAUGCCACUGGUCCCAACAGUCAGAAAUGAUUAUGAAUAAAACUUCCAA